AUUAUGUUUGUGAAAACUAAAUCAUGUCCGAAAGAUGUUAAUGAAUGGAAAACUCGUGAAAAGAACUUUAACUGUUCUUAUCCAAAAGAAGUUUAUCAUUGUUUAUCUGACGGAUACGGAAGUUUGGGAGAAACAUGCAUCAAAGGGCUUGCAAGCUGGGUCGAGAAAGAUUACUGUCCGGAGUACAACAGAGAUACCAAUAAUGUGAACACUGUUCCCUGUAAUGGGACAACUGACUGUCCAAGUGAAGCAUUCAAAUCCAAUGAGGUUUAUAAAUAUCCAGUUUGUGUACAGGAAGGAUAUAAAAGUACAACAAAUAUCCCAAGAACAAUAAGGAAUGAAAUCAAAUUAAUUAAAUAUAAUUGA